UUUCAGCCUUCCGUCUUAUCUGGGCUCAGCUUCUUGAGGGCACAGCAAAUACACAGCUACAUCAAAGUUCAAGUAACAUUACAUUCAAUCGGUGAUUUGGUUUUCCAACAAGGAGACUUUCUGGAGAACUUUCGUAUCAUUUUGGAGUAAAUAUGUUGACCUUCGUCUUUUUGUGCUUCUCUCUCUCCGUCACAGGCAUACAUGCUGCUUUUCAAGUUACUGUUAGUUCUCCAGUUAAAGUGAAAGAGAAUCAGGGAAUUGACUUGCAAUGUUCCUACACUGCUGACUUCGGAGCAACACCCAGAGUAGAAUGGAAGUUCAAGGAUCUCAAAGGCUCUCAGACAUUAGUCUACUUUGAUGGCAAGCCAACUGGUCAAUAUGUAGGACGUGUCACCAUGUACACUGGAGGACUCCGAUUUAGCAAAGUGACACGAGGAGACACUGGAGACUAUGACUGUGAGGUGUCUGGAAAUGGUGGAUAUGGAGAGAAUACCAUUAAACUCACAGUUCUUGUUCCUCCCGCCAAGCCCGUAUCCAGAAUUCCUUCCUCAGUCACAACAAGCAGUAACGUCCGGCUGACUUGCUUUGACCCAGUUGGCUCUCCUCCAUCCACCUACAAGUGGUACAAAGACAACACCCCCCUCCCUGACGACCCAACCAAGUUCCCAGCUUUUAAGAACCUCACUUACAAGUUGAAUGUUUUCAAUGGAAACCUGGAGUUCCCGAGUGUGUCUAAGAUGGACACUGGCUCAUAUUUCUGUGAGGCCAGUAAUGGAGAAGGUGUCCCUCAGCGUGGUGAUCAAGUGAAGAUGGAAGUCCGUGAUCUGAAUGUUGGAGGCAUUGUUGCGGGGGUUAUCGUGGCUUUGCUGGCAGUAGGUUUGCUGCUCUUUGGUCUCUGGUAUGCCAGCAAAAAGGGAUAUCUGCCAAAAUUGUCUGAAAAAAAACAGAAACCACAAGCUGUUUAUACACAGCCUCAGACAGAUGAUGUGGAUGAGGUUAAUGGGUUCAGACAGAAAUCCUCUUUUGUGGUGUAGCCUGUGCUGAUCUGAAUGAAAUACCCUGACGAUUUGUUGCCUAGAUAAAUAUGUUUAUUCUGCAUAGGUUCAAGCAAAUCAGGAUUAGUGUAUAUGUGAAAGGUGUGACUUCAGAGGUGCCGCCGUAGAUCAUAGAAAUGUCUAAAAAGCUUUAAAACAUGUGAGGUAGAUUCAUUUUGCAGAUUUGGUUUUAGAGCUGUAAAAUCUGUGCGUCUCUCAUUUGCAGAAAUGAUUAGAAAUGUAAUUUAUUGAAGUAUACGAGUCAUUUGUGAGUGGAAAACAAAUUUCAUAUAGUUUAACAUUGAUCCUUCUAUUCAUGUAAUUUGCUCUGAUUUGUUGCAUUUGUAUGGAUUGAGGUAUCCAUUUAAUGUGAUUCUGCACUAUGAGAUAAACUAUGGGUGUUCUCCAUUCAGGUUAAACAAUCCCCUAUGCCCUUCAUAUAAACAUUUGCUGUACAUUUGCAGUCAUGAUAUGUUGUUCUUUUACUUCGCUGUUACUUCUUAUGAUGGUUUGCUCUGUUUUUGUGUUUUAUACAUAUUUCAUGAAAUGUAAAUAUAGCUUUUUAAACUUUUAUUGCAUUUUUGUAGGAUUUUAAAUCAUGCUUCAUUGACCUCUCUGACUUGUUCAUGUGGUAACAUAUUACCCCCCCCCCCCCCCCCCAACCCUCCCUUAUUUUUCGUGUUUUCUUGUUUUAAUGUCUGACCUGAUCCAAUUCCUCCAAUAAAUUAAACAUGCUAAAUGUAGUUUAUGCAA